CCGGGUCAAUAUCCCAACACAAGUCCCUCACUUCCGAUGUCUCGAAUGACAGUGAGUGCAUUAGGAAGUAUAAACACCAAUGUUGUAACUGCCGAAUGGCGAUCGGGGUACAGACGUGGUUAGUUACCCAUAUUGUGAUUUGACGGCUGUCGUUUUAUUUUCCCCAUAUUCAUCAUGAUUACUGUCGUUAGUCGUUUCAUUAGACACGCGUUUUGCUUAAAUGGUUCUAGUGACAUGUCGCUCCCUGAUUGGUCCUCGAUACGGCGGUUUUAAGGCUAUAAAUUAGCCUUUAGCUUCUCAAUUCCGGGUUUCGAAUUUUCAAUUUCCUUCGCAUCGUUGCUCUGUUUCUGAAAUUUCUUCAAGCUUUCGUGUUCAGGUACUUUCCCUCCCUCUACUUUCUUACUUCAUUUCUGGCUCGGUCGAGAUGAGUUCUCAACCGCAUUCCCCUGAUUCGGAAAUGGCCUCUCAAGGAGAUGACCGUGAUGCUGCCGUCGUGGACGUCAUUACAGUUCCAUUCACCGGCGGUUCUACUGAAACGGCGACAAAUACUAGGGCGGAGGCGGAGGACCUUUCUAGCAGUUCAUCUUCCUCCGGUGAAAGCUCUGAUGGCACGAAAUCCGAGGACGAAAUGGAUUUAAUGGCGACCGGGCGCCCAAACGAUGUUCCCCGUCACACACUCGACCUAAGUCUAAUUAGGGCAAGAUGGCAAAAAUUGACCGCCAAUAAUAGGGCCGAAAUUCCGACCCUAAUCCCAGACCAAGUUGACUUCCGGUUGCGAGCUGGGCUUCAUCCCCUGCGUCACGCCCCCGGGAUGGUCGUAGUCCAUUUUGAUUCAGUUAGGGCUGGGCUUAGAUUUCCGUUACACUCCUUUUUUGUUUCAUUUUUCAAUUUUUACGAAAUUGUACCUGCCCAAGUCAUGCCGAACUCCUAUCAGGCCAUGGCGGGCUUUAUUUGUCGUUGCAAGGAUGUCGGUGCCUCGCCGACCCUAGAUUUAUCCCAUCAAUUUUCUAAAGUAGCCCCCCAACAAACUCAUGGGUAUCUAGCCGCCAGUUCCCGAACGGGGCAUAUUCUUUUCAAGGGUAAUCCAACCUCAAUCAAGGGAUGGAAAGAUAGGUUCUUCUUUGUGUCUGUCCCGGACGGGCUGAUCCCUCGCAAAUGGAACGUCUUCCCUCGCAAGACUCCCGACCCGGUUCUUUCUGAGGAAAUCUACAAGGAUGUACUUGCUGUGGAGAAAGACAAGUGUUACGAUAUCAUGACCUACCUGACUCCCCCCGAUCGGCUUGUUAAAGCCGGGAUAUGUACUGCCCGUUCUCUUGGGUUUACUUGCUUUGAGAAAUCAAGUGCCAUGGUUCGGGCAGUCCUUCCCGUGCGAGAAACGUUUUCUUUUUCUUUUUGUUUCCCACGUGCUAAGGUCUGCUCGGUAAUAAUAUUUUCCUUUGUUAUUUUUUAGCUCUCAACCCAGACGUACCUAUGGACAACAGUAGAGUUCUUGCAGCUGGUGGGGUCGACAAACGGAAGAAAGCCAUGAAGAACCCUCAACCUACUCCUUCCACAAUUACCGUCCAGGAUGCGGGAACUUCUCAACCCGUUCCAGAACCACAACCACUGCAACAGGUCCAUCAGGACCAAUUUGAUGCCAUGCUGGUCGACGAUCGAUUUGGUUCUGAUCAGAUGCAUCGAUUUCCUGAGCACUUCCAGGCUGCUCAGGAGACUGGUCAGGGUGCGGGUGAUAUGCCCACCAUCCAUCUGUCUGGCCAGGUCGACCGGAUCUCACUGGCGGAUCCGGUUCAUGAAGUUGUAGAAAAAGGUGGAUGUUCGGCAAGCCAGAUUUGGUCUACCUCCGCUUUCUUCAACAAUUUCAAUGUUCCCACGCUGUCGAUCGAGCAAUCUGAGGAAUGCUUGGCCUUAGCAGCCCCGAAGGUCGGGCUUUACAGUCUGCAGCUGAAAGAGGCUCGACUGGCUAAAGAGCAGGAUCUGAUCGUCGCUCAGACUUCUGUGGAGCAGAAUGCAGCUGCUGCUUUUGCUGCUCUGGAGACCGAACGGAAGGCCUCUGCGGAGGAGAAAAAACGCCUUGAGUCGGAGCUUGGUGAACUUAGGGUUCAGCUCAGGGCCUUCCAAGCCAAAGUUCAUGCUGCUGAAGCUGCUUUGGUAAAGUUCGAAGAAUGCGCUCCCCGUAUCCCGGACGGCCCAGCUGAGGUGAAGGUUGAUUUGUCCGCCGUCCGGGAAGCAUUCAAAGGAUCUGAGGAGUUUUCUUCCCUGAAGAAAGACUAUGCGCAGCAGGAACUCCCGGCCACCUUUGAUGCUUAUCUCGAAUGAUUCUUCACGGGUGAUGCCCGCCGCAGCGAGGGGGUCAAACUGCUCGACCAGGACCCAAGGGGCAAAAAAUUUAAUGACUCUCUGGCCCGAUCUCUUUAUUUCAUGGGCUGCCAGCAUAUUAUGUCUCCCUUUGUUGCCAAACUGCAAGAAUUGCUAGGGAGGCCGGUCGAGCUGACUGAUCUUCCCCAGGCGCCCAUCGUUGAAGCCCAAUACGAAAAAUAUCAACGGGACUUGCAACGGGCUGCUGAUCGUGAAGCGGGGAGGCAGCCUGAUCCCCCCACUGACUCAGACGAGGAGAAGGGUGAUGAAGAAGACACUAGGGAGGAACAGUAGAUUUAGAAUUUAGUAUUGUUAGCAAUUGUAAUCCCUUCCACCCUUCUCCUUUUUUGCAAACCCUAUUUGUACUUUCCGGCCGAUAGAGCCGAUGAAUAUAUAUAUGAUCCCUUUAGCACAAAGCUUCAUAUAUUGUCUUUCUUGCCUUUAUUGAUUGAUUGCU